ACAGCCAACUAGCUGGCUAUUUAAUUUUAAAGCGAUUCCUGGCUUUUCCUCUCACACCUUGAGUGUGUCAUUCUGUUCUGUUCAGCAAAUCCAACUCCCAGUACUUACUAAAGCAACAACAUCACAAGUCAUAAGAAAGGGAUUCAAAAUGCUCAAACAACUCCCCUGUACCCCCUCCGACGCCGACGCGCUCGCAACCCUCUACCUUCAAUGCUUCACCACGCCCACAGACCAACGUCUCUGGCCCAACACCCCCGAGAUUCACUCAUGGUGGGUAGUCAGCUUCACCCGAAAAUUGACGGAGGGGCUUGAUAAGUACCACAUCCUGAAGGUCAUUGAUACGGAGCGAGAUGAUGAUCUGGUCGGGUUCUUGGAGUGGAAGCUCCCUGCCCCCAUACAACAAGAUCAUCCAGCGAACGGCGAUGAGAAUAAAGACUUUGCUGAGGGUAAAGACUCCGAAACUCAAGAACUCCUCGCCACGUACCCAUCUCACGUCGGUGAUAUUGAGCUUCUCAAGGAAACAUUGGAGCAGUUUAAAACAAACGUUGAAAGUAUUAUGGGGGAGAGGAGGUUUUAUUAUCUUAACAUGCUUGGCACGAAGCCCGAGUACCGACGACGAGGCGUCGCGUCGAGGAUGAUCAAGUGGGGAACAAGCCGCGCGGAUAAAGAGGGUCUCGAAACGUUUGUGGUUUCUGCUCCUGGGGCAAGGCCCGUGUAUCUGAAGCAUGGGUUUGAGCUUGUUAGUGAGGGAGAAGAUCUGGGUAAUUUUGUGCCUUGGUAUAUGGUUCGGAAGCCCACAGUUGAGAGGAAGGAAAGAGGAGGAUUUGCGAAGUGGUUGUUGGGAGUCUCUGCUGUGCUUGGGGUUGGGGCUAUCAUUUACCAGAGAAUUUAUAGGAGGGCGUUGUAGACGCAAUAUUCUUGUAAAUAGAUCUUUCAUUACUUGCUAUUAAUCCUUUUAAUCUGCCAUCAACUUGAGU